GAAAAUGUUUCCUUGUGAGGUUUAUUAUAAAAUUUUAAAACAUGUUCCAUACAAAACCCUUUAUGGAAGUAUUCGUUUAGUCAAUCACCAAUUUUCCCAAAUUGCUUCAGAAAUUCUUGAGAAGCAUGAACGUGUAUGGCUCAAGUUUUACAUUGAUUAUCGUGAUGGUAAACACGUAGCACAAUGGUUUCCAAGUCGUGGUAGGUAUUUGCGCCCAGAAGAUAAGGUAAAAAUUUAA